UCUCCGGCCGGAGCCAGAGGCAGCUGAGGGGGCCGGUCCAGCCUCCGCUCCAGUGCCAGCGCCGAGCCCGGCAUCCCCGAGUCCGCUGGGCCCGCGGCGGCGCGGCAGGUGCCCCAGGAGCUGCCCUCUGCUGCCUUGUCGCGGCCUCCCCUCCCGGGUCAGCGGCCACCAUGUUCUCCUGUGUGAAGCCCUACGGGGACCAGAACUACUCGGCCCUGAAACGGGCCUGUCUGCGCAGGAAGGUGCUCUUUGAGGACCCGACCUUCCCCGCCACCGACGACUCACUGUAUUAUACGGGCACCCCAGGGCCCGCCGUUAGGUGGAAGCGCCCCAAGGACAUCUGUGAGGACCCCCGCCUCUUUGUGGAUGGCAUCAGCUCCCACGACCUGCACCAGGGCCAGGUGGGCAACUGCUGGUUUGUGGCGGCCUGCUCGUCCCUCGCUUCCCGCGAGUCACUGUGGCAAAAGGUCAUCCCAGACUGGAAGGAGCAGGAGUGGGACCCCGAGAAGCCCAACACCUACGUGGGCAUCUUUCACUUCCAUUUCUGGCGCUUCGGGGAGUGGGUGGACGUGGUCAUCGAUGACCGGCUGCCCACAGUCAACAACCAGCUCAUCUACUGCCACUCCAGCUCCCGCAAUGAGUUCUGGUGUGCCCUGGUGGAGAAGGCCUACGCCAAGCUGGCGGGCUGUUACCAGGCCCUGGAUGGAGGCAACACGGCGGAUGCGCUGGUGGACUUCACAGGUGGGGUUUCCGAGCCCAUCGACUUGACCGAGAGUGACUUUGCCAGUGAUGAGGCCAAGAGGAACCAGCUCUUUGAGCGCGUGUUGAAAGUGCACAGCCGGGGAGGCCUCAUCAGUGCCUCCAUCAAGGCAGUGACAGCGGCAGACAUGGAGGCCCGGCUGGCGUGUGGCCUGGUGAAGGGCCACGCGUAUGCCAUCACUGAUGUGCGCAAGGUGCGCCUGGGCCGUGGCCUGCUGGCCUUCUUCAAGUCAGAAAAGCUGGACAUGAUCCGCCUGCGCAACCCCUGGGGCGAGCGGGAGUGGAACGGGCCCUGGAGUGACACCUCAGAGGAGUGGCAGAAAGUGAGCAAGAGUGAGCGGGAGAAGUUGGGUGUGACUGUGCAGGAUGACGGCGAGUUCUGGAUGACCUUUGAGGACGUGUGCCGAUACUUCACGGACAUCAUCAAGUGCCGCCUGAUCAACACGUCUUACCUGAGCAUACACAAGACGUGGGAGGAGGCCCGGCUGUGCGGCGCCUGGACGCGGCACGAGGACCCGCUGCACAACCGCAGCGGGGGCUGCAUCAACCACAAGGACACCUUCUUCCAGAACCCGCAGUACAUCUUUGAUGUCAAAAAGCCAGAAGAUGAAGUGCUGAUCUGCAUCCAACAACGGCCAAAACAGUCCACCCGCCGGGAUGGCAAGGGUGAAAAUCUGGCCAUUGGCUUCGACAUCUACAAGGUGGAGGAGAACCGCCAGUACCGCAUGCACAGCCUGCAGCACAGGACCGCCAGCUCCAUCUACAUCAACUCACGUAGCGUCUUCCUGCGCACGGAGCAGCCCGAGGGCCGCUACGUCAUCAUCCCCACCACCUUCGAGCCAGGCCACACUGGCGAGUUCCUGCUCCGAGUCUUCACUGACGUGCCCUCCAACUGCCGGGAGCUACGCCUGGAUGAGCCUCCCCACUCCUGCUGGAGCUCCCUGUGCGGCUACCCCCAGCAGGUGACCCAGGUGCAUGUCCUGGGGGCCACUGGUCUCAAGGACUCCCCAACAGGGGCUAACUCUUACGUGAUCAUCAAGAGUGAGGGGGACAAAGUCCGCUCGGCCGUGCAGAAAGGCACCUCGACGCCUGAGUAUGAUGUGAAAGGCAUCUUCUACCGCAAGAAGCCAAGCCAGCCCAUCACUGUGCAGAUCUGGAACUACCGAGUCCUGAAGGAUGAGUUCCUGGGCCAGGUGUACCUGAAGGCCAGCUCGGACGACCUCCAGGCCCUGCACACCCUCCACCUCCGAGACCGCAACAGCCGGCAGCCCAGCGACCUGCCGGGCACCGUUGCUGUGCGCGUCCUCAGCAGUGCCUCCCUCACGGCCAUCUGAUACCUGCCCGUCUGCCUGCACCCACAGUUCUCACCACCAUCUGCAUGUCCCCAACCAGGCCAGGGACCAGCCUGGGAGCCGGGACACUGGCGUCCUUUUCCCAGCUUUUCCACUGACUUGCUGUGUGACCUUGGGAGGUCUCUGCCCCUCUCAAGGACACUUGCCUCAGUGUCCCGAGGACCCCAAAGCAUUCCCUUCUCAUAGAGGAGUCUUCUUGCCUGAGAUUUAAAAUAACCCUCCCUACCCCAACUGCCACCAUGGCUAAGGGACUCUAUCCGUUGAAAACCUUUUCCCAAGGCCCUGCUGUCUGCCAGCAGAGUGCCAAGAAGAUGUCACUUGUUUACACACAAACUGCCACAUCCCCAAGGCCCACUCUUGCCCCUUGUGUCCCAGGCCUGCCCCAGUGUCCAAGACUUGCUUUCUUUGUCACCUACAUCUGGUUUUCUAGCCACCUUGAAAGGACUCUUGGCUCUUGGGUUCCUGCCCAGGCUAGAAUUUGGGAAAUGUCCAGGUGACAUCUGUCCAUUCUCGAAUCCCAUCCACUCACCCGCCCAUCAUGUAUUUAUUCAAAGGAGAUUUGCCAAAUGAAUAAACGAUGCCCAUGAGACUCCAUGUGGAGCCGGGCCUCUCCUCGCAGCUCUGGGAGGCCCGGCGUCCGUCCUGGGCCUCGCCUCUGCUCUCAGGUCCUCUCAGAUACAGACGCCCAGAGGAGCUGCAGCCACCUUCUCCUUCUAGGUUCUGAUUGCAUUCCCAGCCUCUGGUUUAGGGUCCCCGGAGAGGUGGUGGAGGGGAAGGAGUGUGUCUGAUGUAGUGGGCCAGGCGGGGAGAGACCUGAGGGGAGGCACAUGCUCCCAGGACCCCCUCUGCUGCAAGACCUGGGCUUUUCCCGGGAGCAGGGACUCUGGAGUGGUGGUCUCAGGUCCGCUGGCAUCAGUUUGCACAUUGGGCUUGACAGGAGAUGGUAAAUCCAUUGUCUGACCAGAGGCCCUUCCACCAACAUUCCCCCCCAAAACGUAGCUGAGGAGCCAUAACCCUCUUGCUGCCCGGACCAAAACGCUCCUUUUAGUCCUCAACGUUUUAUAUUCUUUCCGUUUUAACUCUCAAUUUUAACCAGGGGUUUUUAAAGGAAAACUGAAAGCCAGAACCCUUUUUUCUUCUUAAACUCCAGUUCCUGUGAUCCUCUGAUUUUAUUUUGAUCUGCUUGGGGAGGGACGUGGUGAGGUCAUACCUUCUCAGAGGAGGUCUGGAGGUGGAUGAAGAAGAUGGGGGUUUGUACUUGGAUGUUUUACAAGCCAGCACCUGCUGUGUUCUUGGAGAGUGUUGGCGCUGUGACCAGCUUUGGAUCUCUCCUGUGCCCUUCUCAGGCUCCAGACCAGGUGAAGUCAAUGAAAAAGUCCAGUUGGUUCGAGAUCAGGAAUUCCUGUGGCCUUGCUGGGAAUUCCUUUGGGGAACCUGGCUUUUCGGCUCCAGAUCUGGCUCUUGGGUGCAGUGUCCUGGCUGGAUAUGCUGGAUUCUUGACUUUGCUGGAUCCUUGACCCCUCGCUCCGGCUGGCUCUGCUCCUGUGUCCUGGCCCUGGGUCGCGGGAGGGGCCAGGAACUGAAUGACAAGGAGGACAAUAAGAUUCCUUCUCAAAAAGCUGGGACUUCUCCUCAAGAACCCGAACCUAGGGUGAGGACUUCGUGUGUGACCAGGAGCAAGUUGCUUAGACCUCCUGUGCCUCGAUUUCCCCCGCUGCAAAGUGGGGCCAGUGAUUAUCGUUUGUCAGCACUCUUACUAACAAGUGCUGUAUAAGGGCAAAACAAUACCCUUUCUCUAUGUAUCUCUGUAUGCGUACACACUAUACACAGUCAUGUAAUCA